AUGAAGCCUAAAAUGAAGUAUUCAACCACCAAAAUUUCCCCAGCAAAGAUGCACAGCUCAGCAGGCAAAGCCUUGGUAAAAUCUCCCAAGUUGAGAAAAUCCCAACAGAAGGCUGAAGAAGUUUACCCCAUGUACUUUAUGCAGCUACGCUCUGGCCUUAAAAUAGAAAAGAAGACCUGUUACUUUGGGAAAGAAACCACCAAAAGGCAUUCACCAAGAACAGCUAAAAAGUACAAAGAGCAAUGUCUGGUAUUCGCUGCCUGUCAGGAGCUGGAACACAUUGGACAGUCUGUGAAGAGCUUCACCUUCGAUAAAACUAGGGUCCAGAAAUAUACUACACCAAAUGGUCUUCCAAGUAUCAAAGAACAUUCUGCUUCCCUGAGUACAUACAAUGAUCAAUCCAUUAUUUUUGUUUUCGAGGAUGGAAAUUAUGAGAUCUAUGUUGAUGACUUAGGAAAAGACCAAGAGAAAGACAAGGUGUUACUCCGUUACUAUGAUUCCCAAUUCCCCUCAAGUGAAACAGAUGGUGGUGGUGAUCAUCAGAAGUUAAUGGUAAACCUGAGCCCCACAAAAGACAAAGACUUCUUGCUGCAUGCCAACAGUAAGGAGCAUUCUGUGGAGCUACAAAAAUGUGAAAACCCAUUGCCAGAACAGGCCUUCUUUGUCCUCCAUGAGGAGACCUCUCAAUGUGUUUCAUUUGAAUGUAAGAGCAAUCCUGGAGUGUUUCUAGGAGUAAAGGAUAACCACCUAGUUCUAAUUAAACGAGGGGAACACCCUGAGGAUUCAAAUGAAGAGAAUACCAUAUUUAAGCUCUCAAACUUAAUAUGA